GAGAUGUCCCUAGAGUAAAUGGUCAGUUGGCAGUUUCUCGUGCCUUUGGAGAUAAGAGCCUAAAAUCACACUUGCGGUCAGAUCCCGACAUACAAAAUGCUGAUAUUGAUGGCAGUACUGAUCUUCUCAUCCUUGCAAGUGAUGGACUCUGGAAGGUAAUGGGUAAUCAGGAGGCAGUUGAUAUUGCUAGAAAGAUCAAGGAUCCACAGAGGGCUGCCAAGCAGCUGACAGCCGAAGCGGUAAAUAGAGACAGUAAAGAUGACAUAUCUUGUGUUGUUGUUCGGUUUAGGGGGUAAAGCAUGACAGAGUUAUUAAACCCUUGCUGCAAUAUAUACCUUAGGAAUUGUUUUCAUGGAUACCCAUUCUAUACCAUUCUAUGGAUCAACAGCAAUUAUAUGGGAUCGUUCUGAAUAGGGUGGUCAGCAUGAAAACCCAGCAUAAGUGUGGAAUUACUCCACAGGGAGGUUAUUACUCUCCUUCGCUUUUCCUUUUCUCUGUCCCUUGUAUAUUUUAUUCUCCUAGGUUGUGUGGUUUGAUAUUGUUUGAUUUCUUCCGAGAUAUGUUAGCCAUCUGGUGUAUACCAUCAGUUCCCCCCCCCCCCCCCUCUCGUUUUUUGGGUAAAUUUUUUAAUCUGCAAAACUGUGUGUAGUGGACAGGCAGGAUUCUUUUCAAUUAGUGAAUGGAAAGUAUGGUUUCGUUGUUCA